CCCAGCGAAGCAGCAGACAUCUCGGACCUAACCAAAACCUAGGUUUAGUCAAGUCUAUUCUAUAGAUGUUCCUUACUUCAUCCUUGUUCAACGAACCGUUCAGUCUCUCGUUUUUCUUCCUCGCCCGUCGGAUUCUAUCGCAAAUCGCUGCCGAAAUCCAGCCAUUGCCAAGCCUGCGCCGAUAACCCACCCAACUUAAGCUUGACUUAUCAGCCCAAGUGAUCGACACUUGCCAAAGUUCGAGCGUCGAUAUUAUCUCCAUUUCUCGACGGCAUCUCACUUUUGGGACAUUAACAUGGACGAGCGUCGAUACCUCGUUACUAGAGACUUGGAUGAGUUAAACCAUAUACUUCAGCUGGUUCCUCAAGGUAACAACUGCAUCUAUUGUAACGAUGGCACAGAGCUCCAAUGCCCUAAGUGCUCAGACGGCGAGAGCUGCCAAUUUACCGUUCCCCUCGACUGUAACCAAUGUGCUACAUCCGUCUGCAUGAAAGAUGAAGAGGCCGGAUCUGACAAAGGCGGCGGCGGCCUAAACAUUGGCGGCAUUAUUGGCGGUAUCGUCGGUGGCAUCGUUAUGAUUGCUGUCGCUACAUAUCUAGUCUGGAGGUUCUAUAUCAGGCCUAAGAGGUCACAGACUCCCAUAUCUAUGUACGUCGAAGACGUGGAUCCUGUGCAAGGCUCCGAGAAGGAUGCCCCCUCGAGGGGAACUCGUCCCCCAUCGGCAUGUACUGUUCAUUCUAUCGCUCCAACCGUCCUUACUCGAGCCUCCAAUAUUAUCCAGAUCGCCUACAUCCCCGGUGUUACAAACCGAGUGACUCUGAUGCCACCAAACGGCAACCGAGCCCAAGGAAUCGACGAUGAACAUUUUGCCGUCCCCAGAGACCUUCAAGACUCGGCCUACUUGGGCCUAUCUGACUACUCAGACAGAACCUCAUACGCUCGCUGGAGAGCUAGUUCUUAUUGGGUUAGAUCUUGUGAGUGACCGCUUUGGAGGCUUCGCACAGUUGAGGGGAUAAUGUCGAUGUGUUAAGGCAUCCACCUCACUCUGAAAAGCUCGAACUUGACUGGCGUCGUUCAGAAGAAGCAUCACCCCUGCAAGGCGAUUUCUCAUUAGGG